AUGGAGAAACACGAGGGGAGGAAGCAGUGCAGCAUUCCUUCCUGCAUGGAGAAACACGAGGGGAGGAAGCAGUGCAACAUUCCUUCCUGCAUGGAGAAACACGAGGGGAGGAAGCAGUGCAGCAUUCCUUCCUGCAUGGAGAAACACGAGGGGAGGAAGCAGUGCAGCAUUCCUUCCUGCAUGGAGAAACACGAGGGGAGGAAGCAGUGCAACAUUCCUUCCUGCAUGGAGAAACACGAGGGGAGGAAGCAGUGCAACAUUCCUUCCUGCAUGGAGAAACACGAGGGGAGGAAGCAGUGCAACAUUCCUUCCUGCAUGGAUAAACACGAGGGGAGGAAGCAGUGCAGCAUUCCUUCCUGCAUGGAGAAACACGAGGGGAGGAAGCAGUGCAACAUUCCUUCCUGCAUGGAGAAACACGAGGGGAGGAAGCAGUGCAACAUUCCUUCCUGCAUGGAGAGACACGAGGGGAGGAAGCAGUGCAACAUUCCUUCCUGCAUGGAGAGACACGAGGGGAGGAAGCAGUGCAACAUUCCUUCCUGCAUGGAGAAACACGAGGGGAGGAAGCAGUGCAACAUUCCUUCCUGCAUGGAUAAACACGAGGGGAGGAAGCAGUGCAACAUUCCUUCCUGCAUGGAGAAACACGAGGGGAGGAAGCAGUGCAACAUUCCUUCCUGCAUGGAGAAACACGAGGGGAGGAAGCAGUGCAACAUUCCUUCCUGCAUGGAGAAACACGAGGGGAGGAAGCAGGCGCCAGACUGUGCUAUGGAGAGACCCUCCACUCUUUGUUAA